UAGGCUGCUGCCAAGUAGCUUGUCUCACCUACUGUAUCAGCAGUGCAGGGAUCAUUUAGGACGGCUGGCCAUUGUGGAAUAUCCCUCCAACAACCAAGGAUCUUCAGCGUUCGUGUCCAAGUCCAUGUUGAUAGUCGGGAUAAACCAGAAGAAGGUUAAACGGCUCAGGGGAUGUGCGGCGGCACAGCGAAGACCCCAAACCGGCCAGGGGGCUGGCAGAAUUCAGCCAGAUGUGUGAGUGAUGCUGUUUCUGGAGCUGGGAGGACUUACAAGACCCUGUUAUGCACAAAGAUUCGAAAAUGUGCCAGGGUAGGAAGGGGCACAGAUCACAUGGAACUGGACAACAGUUGGUCAUGUUCAGAGUUUGACCUGAAUGAGAUUCGCCUGAUAGUUUACCAGGACUGUGAAAGGAGGGGCAGACAAGUCCUGUUUGAUUCUAAAGCUGUUCACAAGAUUGAAGAGGUGGCAGCUCAGGAAACGGAGGAUGUCCCUAUUAAGACGCCAGCCAAGUGCUGUAACGGCAGCAGCAGCGGGAGCAGCUUCUCUUCCCACAAUUCUGGAGGGUCUUCACAACAUGCAAAGGAGCAGCUUCCAAAGUACCAGUACACAAGACCAGCUUCUGAUGUCAACAUGCUGGGGGAAAUGAUGUUCGGCUCCGUCGCCAUGAGUUACCAAGGCUCCACCUUAAAGAUACACUACAUACGUUCUCCUCCACAACUGAUGAUUAGUAAAGUCUUCUCUGCCAGAAUGGGCAGCUUCUGUGGGAGUACAAACAACUUGCAGGACAGCUUUGAAUACAUCAACCAGGAUCCUAAUUUGGGAAAACUGAACACAAAUCAGAAUAAUUUGGGUCCUUGUUGUACCGGAAGUAACCUAGGCCUGCUGCAAGCAUGCAGCAGCAGACUGCUGCCGGGGGUGGCUGACGGAGGACCUCUCCGGCUCACCCGGAGUGCUUCUUUCUUCGCAGCGCAUAGUACUCCAGUUGACAUGCCAAGCAGAGGACAGAAUGAAGAUAGGGACAGUGGCAUUGCUCGAUCAGCCUCACUAAGCAGCCUUUUGAUUACACCUUUCCCAUCGCCAAGCUCCUCUACAUCCUCUUCCAGCAGUUACCAGCGCCGCUGGCUUCGAAGCCAGACAACAAGUUUGGAAAAUGGCAUCAUUCCGAGGAGGUCAACUGAUGAGACAUUCAGUUUAGUUGAAGAACCCUGUAGUUCUAAUCCAGCCAUAGUUCGGAGGAAGAAAAUCGCCAUAAGCAUCAUCUUUUCCCUGUGUGAGCUAGAAGAAGCGCAAAGGAAUUUCCAGGACUUCUUCUUUUCUCAUUUCCCCCUGUUUGAAUCUCACUUGAACAGGCUGAAGAGUGCAAUUGAAAAGGCUAUGAUCUCCUGUAGGAAGAUAGCAGAGUCUAGUCUCCGUGUGCAGUUUUAUGUCAGCCGUCUGAUGGAAGCUCUGGGAGAAUUCAGAGGGACUAUUUGGAACUUAUAUUCUGUUCCCAGGAUAGCUGAACCCGUAUGGCUUACUAUGAUGUCCAGUACUUUGGAAAAAACCCAGCUCUGCCAGCGCUUUCUCAAGGAGUUUACAUUUCUGAUAGAACAGAUCAACAAAAACCAGUUUUUUGCUGCCUUACUGACUGCAGUGUUAACCUACCACCUGGCCUGGGUACCGACCGUCAUGCCUGUUGAUCACCCUCCCAUUAAAGCCUUCUCAGAGAAACGCACCUCUCAGUCAGUGAAUACGCUGGCCAAAACACAUCCAUAUAAUCCUCUCUGGGCACAGCUGGGCGAUCUUUAUGGAGCCAUUGGCUCUCCAGUGCGUCUGACUCGCACCGUGGUGGUGGGGAAGCAGAAGGAUUUGGUCCAGCGCAUCCUUUAUGUUCUGACCUACUUUCUCCGUUGCUCUGAGCUGCAAGAGAACCAGCUGACCUGGAGUGGGAAUCACGGUGAAGGUGAACAAGUGUUAAAUGGGAGCAACAUCACGACAGCCUUGGAGAGGGGAGAGGUGGAGGAGUCUGAGUAUGUGGUAGUCACCGUGAGAAGUGAGCCUGCCCUCCUUCCCCCUGUCCUGCCACCAGCUCUGGCUGAGGGAUGGAGCCCUGGGCCCGACAGGCCAGCUGCGGCCCCGGAGGGCACUGACAUUAGAGACCUGUGGUCCAGACCUAACAAAGAAGGGAACCAGAGGCCAGAUCAGAAUUCUGAGGCCUGCAGCAUGAGGGUCCAGGAGCCAGCGACAGACAGCUCCUGGGAACCUCAGGGUGCUCUUUGCAGGGAUGAAAAAAGUAAAAAUGAGGCCCCACAAGGCAGCUCUUCAAGACUCUCCAGCUGUGAAGGUUUGGGGGCAGGACUGAAGGUCAGCCAGCAGACUGUCGGUGAGGAGUUGACAGGGGCGAUGCCUAAGAAGGCCCUGGAGCGGUCCGCAGCGUGGCCCUGCCCUGACAGACAUCCCCGGGAGAGGCCUCCCUUACAAAAGGUCACUUUCCAAAUUGGAAGCUCCGUAUCUCCAGAGUCUGACUUUGAGAGCCGCACCAACACAAUGGAGGAGCGGCUCACAGCCUGUAGACAGUAUCCAGAGCCAGCAAGUUGCCCCUUGGCCACCAGCAGGGAGGCCGCUGCCCCGGCCCCGGCUCGGGACCAGCGGGUUUCCGGGCGCCCCCUCCCACAUGGCCCCCGCAGGAAUGUCCGCGGUCCUCAGAGUCAGUCUCCUGACGGGGGUGCGGGUGCAUUUGGGAAGGGUUUCCCUGGGGACAGAGGCAGCAGGACCGAGGCUGCAGCGGGUGCUGCCGGGCAGCUCCGCCGGUGUGCGGAGCCGCGUGCGCCUCGCGGUGGGGUGGCGGGACCGGGGGUGAGCGGGCCGGAGGGGGCGGCAGAUCUGCGUCUGAAGGCGGCGGAAGGCGCUCCCACAGAGCCGGUGCCCGGCGGCCGGGCACAGCAGGAUUCUGGCCUCUCUGCGGCCGCGGCUGCCUCCGGGGAAGCCACCGCCGGUAAGGCCGACUUCAGGGCUGCAGGAGACCUUCCCAGAAACGAAAGCUCGGACAGCGCCCUUGGAGACAGUGACGACGAAGCAUGUGCUUCUGCCCCGCCGAACCUCGGGCCCAGCGGUGACGGCACAGAAGGAGCCUUGGAGGUGGAGCUCCCUCUGCCCAGGUCUCAGAGCAUCAGCAACCUGAAUGUAAGAAACUUUGGCCGCUCACUUCUGGCAGGUUACUGCCCCACAUACAUGCCUGAUCUGGUGCUUCAUGGGACCAGCAAUGAUGAGAAGCUGAAGCAGUGCCUGGUGGCUGAUCUGGUCCACACGGUUCAUCACCCAGUGCUUGAUGAGCCAAUAGCUGAAGCCGUCUGUAUCAUCGCAGACACAGAUAAGUGGACUGUCCAGGUAGCCACAAGUCAGAGGAAAAUGGUGGACAACAUGAAACUGGGCCAGGAUGUCUUGGUGUCUAGUCAGGUGUCCAGUUUACUUCAAUCCUUGUUACAGCUUUACAAGCUUCACCUCCCUGCUGAUUUUUGCAUCAUGCAUCUUGAAGAUCGACUACAGGAGAUGUACCUUAAAAGUAAGAUGCUGUCUGAAUAUCUUCGUGGACACACACGAGUUCAUGUGAAAGAAUUAGGUGUCGUGAUGGGGAUCGAAUCGAACGACUUGCCUCUGCUGACCGCUGUUGCCAGUACUCAUUCUCCGUAUGUCGCUCAAAUACUCUUGUAAGCCAACACUCAGGACGGUUCUUCCUCGGAAGAAAAAAAAUCGGAUUCUCAACUGAAGGAGAAAGGACUGUGCUCUGUGGGACGUCAGAAGCAUAAGAACAGCAAACAAACAAGAAGCAGGCAUUCCACCUCUCUGGUUUGUUUUUUUGCUCUCAAGUGGAUGCUUCGUUGGAAGGCUUAGGUUUGCUUGACAUAAUGGCACUUGUGUUUUUCAUGAACACUUCAGGCCUUUUGUUACCCAUGAAUCAACAGAGAGAGUGACCUUUUUGAUAGGAGGAAGCAUAAGCACUACACUGAACACUAAGCUGUUGGCACAGAUGCCCCGUGUGCUCAGCAGCAUAUGGACAAGGGACUCUGCAGCCGGGAAGAAACGGUGUACAGACCAUUCCAGGAAGAAAAUGUUUCAGAGUUGAAGCAUGAGCUCUCCAAACUGCAGAAAACCUGUUUUGCUAUUCCAGGAAGACUGUCAGAACAAGGACUGUGGAUUUCCAGGUCAGAGUUUGCUUUUUACAAGAAGUGAAAUAAAUAGUCACAUUGUGCCAUCUUCAGCUCCGGUGGCUGUAGGAGCUCCUUCUGACAUAGGAGAGAGGAUUGCCUGUUGGGGAGAGAGUACUUUAGGGACCCAGUGUUUUCACAUCUUCUCAGAGUUUACCUUGUUUCAGAUGCAGCCGCAGGUAGGUUAGAGAUGGAUCGUUGGUGCAAUAAACCCAAGAAUCAAUGUAGCAUCUUAUCUCACAAAGAUGUAGUUUGUAGUAGCAAAGUGCACCAUCUGAGAACCGUAUGUUUUAUCCUUGUACUUCAGAGCUUUCAGCAGCAGCCUCUGUAAGAGAGGCCAUUUACCAAAGUUUUUUCUAUAAGCUCAAGAGUGUUUUUGUUGCUGAAUUCUUCCAGCCGAAGCCACUUUCUUCCUAUAAAAAGUCAAUACAAAUGACUAUUUAUACUUUAAAAGGCACAGCUGUCCUGGCGGGAAAUGAAACCUGCAACAGUUCAGGAUGACCAGUGAAAGUAAUUAGUUUGAACAUAUACAAACAAUCCAUAUAUGAUCUAAAUUUUUACAUUAUCAUCUCUGUGCCUUCUGAUCCUUAUGACCUUUUCAGAACACCUUUCCAUAAAUGAAUUUACAUAUCAUAAAACCUUCCAAAAUGAGGAAUUGUUUAUCUGCAUAGUUCACUUUGAAAAAAAACUUGAUUUUCUAUUAAUAUAAAAGAAACUUUGCUUAGUUUAGAAACCAUGAACUAUAACCAUGUCAGAUUAUGUACUGGCAUCCAGGGAAAAGGAAAAGAUUUUUUAAAAAUUGAUAGUUAAAGGACAGGAGCUAAUCUAGUAAAGCAAAACACUGCUAGCACCUUUCAGAUCUUGAGUACAGCUAGUGAUAACUAGGUUCUGAUUUCCUUUCACUGUUAUGAAUUAAUUCCAGUCCUUUCCAUGUAUCCUUUGUACCUAAGAAUAUGAAGUAGCUUCUGUUUCAGGGAUUGGGAUGACUAUAAGAUUUUUGUAUUUGAUAAAAUCCUGAUUUUAAACACCAAAUUAUGUUAGUCAGUAUUUUAAAAAUGCAAGGUCAUUAUUUGAAAGAGUAUAGCUGCAGUACCAAUGGAGAAAAACUGGUGUAUUAUUUCUUAGGAAUAGAUCAGAACUGCUACCCUUCCCCCCUCUCUCUCUCUCUCUAUGAUGUGAAAUGCAGAUGGGUAUGUUAGGACUCUUAAGAUCUGUAAUUUUUAUUUUAUGUCUUUCAUAAAAUUGAAGUUUUCUAUUCUUAUAUUUUUCUAUUUUGCCUAACAUCUGAGUUGGCUGUUUAAAUUCUCUAGUUCCAUGAUGUCAUUGCUGGUUGUCCUCACACACAGAGAAUAAACCUCACCUACGGCUCUGCUCAUUCAUUUGUUUUCCACUACAUGUGAAUAAAUUGUAAUAGCUGAUGCUACAUUGUUUCCAUCUGUACUGGUUUAGAGCAUUCCCCUCACCUCUAGUUCCCUUUUCCUUGUUUACCAGUUUGGGGCACUUUCCCUAGCUUUCCUUACUCCCCACCGUAAAGUACCUAGAUACAAAAAUCUCCAUUCUAAUGUGUACACACUGUUGAAAAUUAGACCUGUAGAGGGGGAAAUCGAGCUUUAAAUGACUGAUUCUAAACUCCAUAUGUAAAAGAUUUAGCCUAGCUCCCCAAAGCCUGAGAAACAUAAUUUGCCUCUUGGUCUACUAUUUCAAAACUCUCUCUUGGAAAAUGUCUGUUGGAAAAUCAGGUGGGUCAUGUGUGGGGGUUGUCUCAGUGACACUCAGGAUUCCAAUCUGAACCUAACCCUCACAUCUACUGCCUAUGAAAACAGACCAAGAAUGUUGCUGCCCUUUCAUAAUCCUCCUUUAAAUAACAUUCAAGUUUUAUCUGAAAUUCAGCUCUUCCCAAAAGUGGAGAAGAAAAAAAAUCUCAUGGAAUUGUGUUGCGAUACACCCACUCACACACCAUACACACCUAGUGGCUUCAUUCUGUCUUAGCCCAAGAGGCAGGAAAGGGUCCAGCCCUCACCUGGGCCCACCUCAAAAUAUAUAUAUAUAUAUAUAUAUAUAUAUAUAUAUAUACUAAAUUUUCAAAAAAUAGAGAAAACUACCUCAGUUGACAGGAUUCCACCUUUAGGGUUUCUUCAACUUUGAAGUCUUAACCUGUUGAGUGUCGCUUUGUAGCAUCUUGCUUUUCUAAGCAAGCUAGUGAGGCAUGUCAGAGCGGAGGUGUGUAGUACUACUGUGAUGGACCUCUUUCUAGCAUGUUGCAGUUUUAUUUUCAACAGCUUGAUGAGUGAUUGAAUGUAAAGGUAAUUGUGUACAUUUAAACAUGACAAUAAAAAUUUUAAAUGUAGCUUCCAUAACUGUGCAUAAUUCCAAAGUAUUUUAUUUUUAUCAGUGUUAAAUAGCUUUUUGUACAAGCUUCAAUCCAUUUUUCUGAAGUGUGCUGUUUUUUAAUGAAAGUAACUAUAAUCUUUUCACAUCCCAUGGAACUGCUGUUUACACAUCACAACUUUUUAAACUUACCAUGUUUUUCGAAAUUAACUUUUUUGGAGGGAGGAAAAUUCCCGCUUGCUAAAUGAUACUAAACUGUUCAUGAGGUUCUUAUAAUUAGGUCCUAAGAUUUUAUAAAAAUCUUGUCUGUAGCUUUUUAGGUUCUUCACUAGAGUUGCUUAUACAUAAAAAUAAAGAAUAUAAAGUGAUCCCAAAAUUCUUUUAAAUGUUUGGAUUUUUCCACUGAUAUGUACUUCUGAAAAUAUUUUGUUCCUGCAUACUUUCACCAUUAAAUUGAAAAAGUCUUUAACUUCUCAUGAUAAAUGUGAACAUUUGUUUUUUAUUGUGCUUGGGGUAGGGGAUAUUUUAAUAUAUUUGCCUAAAUCAGACAGCGCCCUUUGAAUGUUAAUUUUUAAAUAUCAAAAUUUGGCGAACCAUGUAUCUUGGAAGCAAGAUUACAAUAUGCUUAAAUAUAAGUGGUGUUUAAAAAAGGAGAAAAUUCUGGGAUUUGUUAAUUGAAGCUCCUCCAUUAAGACCAAUUGAUAGGACUCUAUAUUUUUUGAUCAGUUAAAUAGAUAUCAAUGUCAAUGUAUGGAAAAUUUUUCUUAAAACUUGUUCAUGUAUUAUUUUGAUCCAUUUUCCUGUGGCAUUUGGUGCAAUAAACCUUUUGAAUUCAUCUUGAA